ACCAGGCAGAAACACGAGCAUGUGUGCGACAAGAAUCCGCGCACCAGGACAGUCAAAAUCCUCUGGGGGCAACAAAGAUCGACGGCACACAGACAAGGGACAUGGCCGCUAUCACCGUCGGCAACCCCGACAAACCCCUCAAAGGACAUCUCAGAAGCCACUUGCGACACGUGGCACGACAUGAGGACAAUGAUGACGACGAUGAUGAACACGAUGACAAUGACGAUUAUGGAGGUGAUGUUGAUCUGGGCGACGAUGUCGCUGACGAUGAUGACGAUGUUGAUGAUGAUGAUGAUGUCGAUGAUGAUGUUCGUGAUGAUGAUGAUUGUGAUGACGACGAUGAUGAUGAUGACGAUGAUGACGAUGAUGAUGACGAUGUUGAUGAUGGCGAUGAAAACAAAGAGGACGAUGGCGGUGAUUUCGAUGACGGCGACGAUGUCGCUGAUGAUGAUGAUGUUGUUGAUGAUGUUGAUGAUGUUGAUGAUGUUGUCGAUGAUGAUGACGAUGUUGAUGAUGUUGACGAGGUUGAUGAUGUUGUUGUUGAUGAUGAUGAUGAUGCUGAUGAUGUUGUCGAUGAUGAUGACGAUGUUGAUGACGUUGACGAGGUUGAUGAUGUUGUUGUUGAUGAUGAUGAUGAUGCUGAUGAAGAAGAUAAUGAUCACGAUAACAAUGAUGGUGAUGAUGAUGAUGAUGAUGAAGAUGAUGACGUAGAUGGUGGUGGCGAGGAUGAUGGUGAUGAUGGGGGCGAUGAUGAUGAUGAUGAUGGCAAGCAAGAAUCACGGGGCCGCUCGCGACUUGAAACAGGUUGCGUGAUGGAGGGGACCUUCUCGACACCACGCAUCUUUGAGUCGAUCUUCUCGAGACCACAGGCCAUGAGUGUCGAGACGCACAUUCGCUUAGCAGAACCUUUUCGUCCUUGUGUGAAAUCCGUGCGGCAUUUCAACGGUGUGACGACGAUCCACGGAGUGACCGCAGAAGACUUCGACGAGGACCCAUGGAUGACCGUCGUUCCGUGUAGGGACGCACAUCUUGACGACCAGGGCGAGGGCAUUCGUCGACGGUUUUACAUGAAACAUGUGUACGGUUCGAAGGGGAACGUCGUCACCAGUGCCAAGGGGGCAGUUCUCGACAUAUGUCUGUUCGAGGGGUUCGGAGCGGGUGCUGCGAACACCCCAUUUUACAACGACCUCCGGCGGCAGGGCGGGUUUGUUUUGGGUCGAGAGUUCUUCGACCUGUUGGAGGACAAGGGCAUCGCCCUCGACGUCCCUUGCGAAGUCGGUCCCGACCUGGAACUGUCGAUGCCUUUGCAACCGUGUGGCGGUUGUGAGUCGAGCGGGCCAGUGCGGGAGGGGGGCGAUCUGGGUUCCGGGGAGGCUACACAUGUGCAGCGGGAGGAUGUCAGAGGUCAGUUUGACGACAUAGAAGAUGAGGCGACACCGCAUCCGCCGUUUUCGCUAUCGAGGGAAAGAGACAGGUCCGUGCUGUCCAUACCUGAGGUCCGGCAACAGACUGCAGCGGAUCCCGGAGAAGAGGGAGUCAUGUGUGGGUCUGACAUGGAUCCCGUCGAGGGCCAUGGCGCGGAAGGCGAGGCCGUGGGCGGGGAGGGAGCGCAGGGCACUCCCCAAAAAAGGAGGGGAGAAUGUCAAGAAGAGUUGGUGGGCUCUUCGAAGAAACAGAAGACCAAGACCCCGAGGACUGCGGGAGAAAAACGGAAGGGGAGGGGGGUGGAAGAGGGUCACCCGGGUAGCAAACGUCCAGCUUCGAAACAUAAACAGCCUGAGUCGGGACCUUCUUCACCACGGCCUGCCAUCGACGUGGACGCCGGGUACUUCCUGGAGUACAAAGACGGCGUCAGGAGAAGGCGGGAGUUUGAUCAGCCCGGCUCAGAUCCGAUACGAAAUGGCGAGUGGGUCAUGGCCGUGGCAAUCCCGGGUGCGGGAUGGGUGUCAUUCCCACACGAGUCGAAGUCCAACUUCCUGCACCUUGCGAGGAUUUCGGUCCUCCAGAAAGUGAAGGUCGAAAAUGACACUUUAGCACCCGGCGACCUGUCCCUCAUUUCCACUACCGGUCGACUAUUUCACGAGCUUCAGCACAAGUGCUGGUUGGAAUUGACGGAGGACUACUACGAGCUCGACACGAGUCCGUCGAAGGGCGUGGUGGAGUGGAAAGUGCCCACUCCCAAUGGGUCGGACGGUGGUUCCGGGGGGGGGUCACCUGGAAGCGGAGGGGAUGGGGGUAGCGACGCCGGGGGUGGCAAAGGAAUCCCGCCUAUGGGGGAGAGAGGGUCUCAUGGCCGCAACACGACACCGACUGCGCAUCCGGAUGUCGCCGGAUUACACGAUGGCCAGCGCUGCGAUGAGAGCGAUGGCGAUUGUCAGCGCUACGAUGGUCAGGCGAGCGCGACGGCUGUGAUGGGGGAUAUAGCUUUGCGUCGCGAUGGCGAUGAGCUAACCGCAUCGAUGGCGAUGAAGGCCGAGUUCUUGGACAUGCGGGAGGCAUGGGAGAAUGAAGGAAGGCCGGUGGCCAUUCAAGGGAACCCUUCCAGCAAGGAGACCGAAAAACAAAAGUUCUUCGAUUUUCAAAAGCUGAUUUUGGGAAAGAGUUCGAAAGGAGCUCACUGGACGUUGGCACAAAAAGAUUCGUCGCUCGCCGAUAAGGAGUAUGUCGCUGCAGUUGGGAAUGCAUUGAGGCAGUGGAUGCCGCUCGUAACGGCCGGUGACAACGUUUUCCGCAAAGCCAUUGAAUUCUACGUGAAAUGGGCGGAGGGGAAGUUGUUGGGCGGCGACGACAAGAUGCCAUUGUCGAGGCCGGGCAAAUACAUGCCAGACAAAUCUCCAAGUCUGCAAGCAAUUCCGGAAAUAGGCUCGAAAGGGGCGGCUGGUGAAACGAAGAUGAGGUGGCUGGUCCGGGUCCUGCCGCCUCCGACCAAAAAGAAAACGCAAACUGACGACAAGUUUUUCGUGGUUGUGAAGGAGCCAGACAUGUUCUGUUGGCAGUGUCUCGCCGACAUGACCGAUGCCGAGAAACUAUCGAUCCUUGACGACAUUCUCGCGCUAAGGGGAAUGUUCGUGCAAUCCGCGGGCGGCCAUCUGAAGCGUCAGCACAAACCAGAAAUUAAAGACAUGGUCGCAACGAGGAAAGUGGACCGUGUGAUGCUCCGUAUGUUCCAUUACAUCUUGUUCCUUGAAACGGAGGAGGACGAACGUUUUGACGAGGAGGACCCUUUCGACGCUGAUGACAUGGAGGAGCUGAGCGACUCCGAAACCUUUGAUUUCAAGUCCAUGCCACUUCCUCGGGUGGUUGGACAGCGGUCUUGCGACGUGCUGGACGGGCCCGCUCCAGGAGUGUUGGAGACCGGGGGUAGCGAGUAUGAACGUCAUGCUUCGAAGGGUGCGUCCGUGGACACUGACAGCGAGAGUGCAGGAGCUCCGAGGGAAACGCAUGUUGUACAGCGGGGAGAGGAGACUCGAUACGGGCCGGCUCGUGAAGACGUGAAGUGGCUCCACGCACGAGCGCUGGUGAUCGGGACGUCCGAAGAGGUUUUGCACAGUCGCUCAGCUGUGGCCAUGAUGCGAGAGGGUGUCAUUAAGGGAGCCACCGAGCUGGUUAGCGACUCAGGCGUAGCCGAGAUGCAGAACAUCGAAUCCUCCGUGGAAGGCGGUGAGGUCGCCGUCAACAUCAAGAUGGAUCCAAAGCGGAAAGAUCAUGAUUCUCCGUCCACCCGUUGCGGUGCCGAACAGGGUGAUCGAGCAGCUGUCGUCAGUACCGGUCGGGAAACGGUGCUUCUUGAACCCAUCGACUUGCCAAGCGACUCAGCUGCCACCGAGCUGGUUAGCGACACAGCCGUGGCCGAGGUCCAGAACCUUGAAUCGUCCGUGGACGUUGGCGCAAUGGCGCGACAGGAGGGCGAGUUCCCUCAAAGGGCUCCCGAGCACGGUGUGAGGUUGUUAACGUCCCUGCCCAUGAAGCUUUUAAAAGCCGUGCGCGAGAAACAUCUUUUAGAGAGGUCAUUGGCCGCUUCACCGAAGAAGUCGUCAAGUGUAGGGUUGUUUAAAACGGUCCAGAUGCCUCGCCUUUCCCAGAGAGCUGUCAAGGUUCUGAAGGCUUGUAGAAUAGAUAAGGAGGAAGGUCUGCAGAAAUAUUUGGCUGGGUCUAUUGAGAGCGUUACUGCUUUGUCUGACGGGUCUGAUGACGAUGGCAAGUGGGGUGUCUUGAAAGACCCGUGUCCUAAGUACAUCGCAAAUGACACAUUCAACAAGCAGGGAUACAACUUUUCUGGAAAAAGGGCAGACAGUUCCUAGCCAUUCCACCACGGGGUUUGUGCUCACUCCUCACACUUGUUCGUGGGUGUUUGUGCAGCUGGGGCUACAUCAUGUUUUCGC